AUGGCUCCCCUCAACCAGAGUCUCCUCAUUCUGGAGGCCGAGGCGGCUGGAAAGGCCCGGCUGCACAGUCUGCGUCUGACCAUUCCCCCAAUCAUCGACGUGAGGGGCACUAUUCACAGAACGCCUCUGCUGAGCACUACCGCCAGAAUCACCAUGGGCCGUUCAAUGGCUCGUCUGAUAACCAUCCUCAACCCUCUCACAGUGGCCCACCCCGCCGAGGCGGACCUUCUGACCACCGAGGAGAUCAACCUAAAUGGCCAUUUCAAUAACUCGCAAUGGACUGCCUCCGGCUCUCAUGGUCGUGCUGGCCCGCCUAGCCUUCACGGCUCACAAACCCCUUCCACUCGGCCGCCGUCAGCAAAUGACCCGCAGUCUCCCCGUGUGGUUGAGCCUGAGAACCGGCCCAAGUCUGGUGGCAGGACCUUCCAAAGAGAUGAUGAUACUCGCGCUCCACCCGCAUCGGAAGAGUCUAUAAAACAAAAUAUGCCUCCUCCGAAUCGCGAACCACAGGUUACAACCCCCGCAGACAAGAGCGGAAAAUUCAGCUUUACCUUCAAGGCAAAAACCACGCCUACGCCUGCCCCAAAGCCUGUUCCAGAUCUUGCGCAACGAAUGCAAGUACGUGAGCCACCACCCCGCGUACCUGCAGCAGAUCCGCCGACCCCCCGUAAUCGGCUCACCAAUGGCCCAAUGCCUAGUUACAAACCCGAGCCUCGGUUUGACCGCCGGGAUCGGGGUCGGGACAGGGGUCGUGAUCGAGGUCGCGAUGCGCGAGACCGUCGGGACUUCCGGGAUCAGCGAGAACCGCGAGACUUUCAUGGUGAUAACCGGGAUCGAAGAGAGGACCGCCGGCCAGACAAUCGUCGAGACCGACGGAAGAACGACCGUCCCCCCGACGUCCGAGAGAGCCGUCGUAAAGAGCCAUCUCCGCAGCCUCCGCGAGAUGUACCGCCGAAGCAGAAAAAGAUCCUUACUCGUCUCAAACCCCGGCCGACCAUACCUGAGGAAUAUGCAAAUGCCGAUUCGGUUUACUACCGCAAGCCAGGCAAUGAGUCUGUCAUUGGCGCUGGUACAUACGGCAAGGUGUUCAAAGGCAUUCAUGUCUACACUCAACGCAUGGUCGCGCUCAAGAAGAUUCGAAUGGAAGGCGAAAAAGAUGGCUUCCCCGUGACUGCCGUGCGAGAGAUCAAACUACUCCAGCAUCUUCGCAACCACAACGUGGUCAGUCUGCUGGAGGUCAUGGUUGAGAGGAAUGAGUGUUUCAUGGUCUUUGAGUACCUCUCACACGAUCUGACGGGGUUGAUCAAUCAUCCCACGUUUUCUCUCACUCUCCCGCACAAGAAAGAUCUAGCCAAGCAGAUGUUCGAAGGACUAAGCUACCUUCACCACCGUGGCGUUCUUCACCGAGAUAUCAAAGCUGCCAACAUUCUGAUCAGCAACACUGGCCAGCUGAAAUAUGCAGACUUUGGUCUAGCGCGAUUCUUUUCCAAGAGCCGGCCGCUUGACUAUACAAACCGAGUCAUUACCAUCUGGUAUCGACCCCCGGAACUUCUACUGGGUGAGACUCGAUACGGUCCCAGCGUGGACGUGUGGAGUGCGGCAUGCGUGUGCAUGGAGAUGUUCACCAAGAAGGCUGUCUUCCCCGGCGAAGGUAGCGAACUUAGUCAGCUUGACAAGAUCUACAACACUCUGGGUACUCCAACACGGGCUGAAUGGCCCGACAUUGUGGAAAUGCCGUGGUUCCAGCUGAUGCAACCUGCCGAACGCAAGAAGCGAGUCUUUGAAGAUCAUUACCGCGAUAUCCUAACACCCGCCGCACUGGAUAUGAUCACGCAAGUCUUCCGGUAUGACCCUAGCAAGCGACCAAGCGCCGACGAAGUACUGCAGCACCCAUUCUUUGUGUCAGAGGAACCCGCCCCUCAUCAAGCUAUCGAAUUGGAGCAUGUUGAAGGGGACUGGCACGAGUUCGAGUCCAAAGCUCUGCGCAAGGAGGCCAGGCGAGCCGAGCAGCAGAGCCAGAAGGACCGGGAGAAGCGCAAGGCCGAGACAUCUGUUCCGACGAGUGAUCGGGACCCUAAGAGGGUUCGUGCCGAAGGGACUGACCAGACAUCUAGUCAAGCAUGA